UUUAUUGUUGGCAGAAAUCAGUUUCCUACAAGAAGCUAAGGUUUAAAUUUUCCAAUAAGCGGAAUAACACGAGCAACACCCUUCCCUUGUGUGAUUCAGCCCGCGAGGAAAAAGUGCCGCAAAACAAAGCCGGAACCAUGUCGGACGAGAACCAGGAAAAUGGAACCCGCAACGGCCAGGAGGUGCCAGAAAUUGAAUUAAUCAUCAAGGCGUCCACGAUAGAUGGCAGACGUAAAGGAGCGUGUCUGUUUUGUCAGGAAUACUUCAUGGAUCUCUAUCUGCUGGCAGAACUCAAAACGAUCAGUUUGAAGGUCACAACGGUGGACAUGCAGAAACCGCCGCCCGACUUCCGCACCAACUUCGAAGCGACACACCCGCCCAUCCUGAUCGACAACGGGCUGGCGAUUCUGGAGAACGACAAGAUCGAGCGACACAUCAUGAAGUCGGUGCCGGGCGGGUACAAUCUGUUUGUGCAGGACAAGGAAGUGGCCACCCUGAUCGAGAACCUGUACAGCAAGCUGAAGCUGAUGCUGGUCAAGAAGGACGAGAACAAGAACAACGCACUGCUGGCGCACCUGCGGAAAAUCAACGACCACCUGGCGGCCCGCGGAACCCGCUUCCUGACCGGGGACACGAUGUGCUGCUUCGACUGCGAGCUGAUGCCCCGGCUGCAGCACAUCCGGGUGGCCGGCAAGUACUUUGUCGACUUUGAGAUACCAAAACACCUGACGGCCCUGUGGCGAUACAUGUACCACAUGUACCAGCUGGACGCCUUCACGCAAUCCUGUCCCGCCGAUCAGGACAUCAUCAACCACUACAAACUGCAGCAGAUGCUGAAAAUGAAGAAGCACGAGGAGCUGGAAACGCCCACGUUCACCACUUCGAUCCCGAUCGAUCUGAACGACCAUUGAGAGGGUGGCCGUUUUGGCCGGACCGGAAGUCGUCCUGUUUUGCACCGGGGGAGCGGAACCAAUAGCAACAGCAGCAGCAGCAGUUGUAGUAGUUUCAAUUAAAUAAUGUAAAAGAAACAAUUUUGAUAACCAUUUACAAUAACAUUUACCAACCACACACACAUACAUACACAUACGCAUAUUAUACAUGAAAACAAACACACGCAAAACAGCGAUUUUCCCUGUUUGAUAACACAACAAACACACAAAACAAAAAAACAAGUCUAUUUUGGCAGCAGUGCUGCCAACCGCAAUAACAAAUUCGAUCUAUAUACAUAAAUGUACGCUCUUAAAAGUAACGAUUGUUUUAUUAUUGUUUGUAUCUCGCAACGGCCAUCUUGGAUGAGGAAAACUAAUACAUACACACACAAAAAGAGGUGAGAGUAUACAAACACAAGCAACGUGUAAAGCAUGCGAAAACAAAUGUAAAGUUUUAUUCUAAGUAGAGUUAAAUGGAGCAAUUCCUUUGUUUAUUAUACCAUUUUAUUAAACGUUUUGGAUUCGAGAAAAGACACGCAGUUGAAUUGAAUAAAUUUAACCUAAAUGAAUCGCAAUUUGAGUUGUUCAUAGUUACGUUUUAACGCAAAUGUUUCUUUCGCUUGAAUGUUGUAGAAAAUGAAUAGUUGCAAUUAGGUGUAUUUACAGUAAAUUUUCCUUACACUCGCCUAAUCAAAUGGGCUGGAAGGGCAAAAUUGCCCGCUUAAGCUCUAAACUGCAAACAGAAUCAACGAAUCUUUGAACUGAACAAACCGUCUCUGCAAAACAAAAAGCAUCAAACAAACAUCUGAAGAGGAAAAUAAUCACAACUUUUAAGUUUUUAACUUGGUUAAGUUGAAGCGAGGAGAACAAUUCUAGUUUGCUAUGUGGUCCAGUCGAUGGCA